UCCGGGCAUAGGAGUUUCCUGUCUCCCCCUCCCUCUCCUCAAUAUUGCAGCGCCGUUGAACAAAAGAGAGAGAGAGAGCGAGAUGAUGAGGUAGCAACAUAGCAAGCACACGAGCGCAAUUUGACAUCCCCCGGCGUGAUCUGUAGCCUAAUUUGACCGUUACCGUUUACCAUAGCCUGUAUCAAAAGAAAAAGACAAUUCGACGAAUUCUGGGUGGAGAUUUUAAUCGUAGCCUACUGAACUUGUCAUAUUUUCUCUUUUUUACUACACGUUGCAAUUUACAGUAAUAUUUGGAAUUGCGAUCAAGAAAAGCAAAAUGUUAAGGAUAAUGUUUCAUGUCACUCAAUAAGAUCAGUUGAAGAAGAUCAAACGUCCAAUCAAGACCAAUCAUCAAAAAGGCCCAAACUACCAGUGAAACAACAUUGUCCGCAUUCCGCCAUGUCUUCCAACACCAAUGCUGCCCACAGUGGAGUGGAGGGAGAACAGCAGCCGGAGCAGACCAUCACCUCCCAGCCAACCAGCGCUGAGCACCAAGAGACAGCCCCUGACUCCAGCCAAUCGGAAUCCAAAGACCACUUGGCAGUAAUCAGCGAGAAGAUGGAGACCAGUAAUGGAAUGUGUGCUGCCGACUCCUCACCCACAUCUUCCAUCUCGUCCCCAAAGCGACUGCAACACGCCAAACCAACCAAUGGCCGGGCGCGGAAAGGAAGCCGCUCUGGGUCCCUGCUGGGUCAUGGGGCAGGGUCUCCCAGGCCUUCCAUCAGCCGUCAGCCCAGCACCGUGACAGAGGAAGACGACGGCAAGCCCCCUAGAGACUACCUAAUAUUGGCCAUCCUGUCCUGCUUCUGCCCCUUGUGGCCCAUCAACAUCGUGGCUCUUGUCUUCUCUGUUAUGUCGAGGAACAGCCUGCAGCUGGGGAACGUAGACGGGGCGCGGCGUCUGGGCCGGAACGCAAUGGUGCUGUCGAUCGUUUCACUAGUUGGCGGGGUCAUCAUCAUCAUCGCAGCCAUCGUCUUAAACUGGGGAAGUAUAAUAAAAUCCUGAGGCUCACCAUGGAAACCAGGAGCAAGAUCGCAAGACAGCACACCAACAACCAUCCCAACCAGACUUUUCCCCUCUCCUACGAUCAAAACACUAUUCUACAAAAGCGCCUGCAACCUACAGCAUACCCCUUGGACCCCUUUUUUGCUGCACUAUCAUGUAUGGCCUGUAAUAUGUUCUCUGAAACAGAUAGACAAGUCCGUCACCUCUACCUCCUACACCUCCUACACCUGCCCCCAGUGGUGUAGUGCAGGGUAAACGUACGUAAAUGUCGUUUACACACAUUUUGCUCCUGUGUUUAUCCAUCUUUUGCAGACAAAUGCAUUGAAAGUAUAGGGGGCGUUACUUUAUUGACCGUCAACGGUGAUCAGGAGUUACAGGACCCACCUAUUUUUUGACCACCCGUCACUGGCUGCCACCAUCACUCCGAAGGUCGAAGGCAUCAGGUAGAACAACACUGAGGUAGGAUAGACAGCGACAAACAGACUGGUUCCUCUGAAUGAGAGAGAUGCGUCUAACGAGUCUAACUGUGGUCAACGAUGCCAUGAUCUCCUGGUUGCCUGAGUCUCAGAAUGUAUUUAAAGUCUCUGCAUGAUUUUCCGGGAUCAGGCUGCUCCUCCCAGGCUGUUCCUCCCAGGCUGCUCCUCCCAGGCUGUUCCUCCCAGGCUGCUCCUCCCAGGCUGUUCCAAUGUGACAAAACACAAAGUGUCUCUGUUGUUGCCGGAAAGGACAUCUGGUUUUCUCUGUAAUGUUAUUAUUUCCUUCCACUGAAUCAUUCAUAUUCAGUCAGUCCACACCUCUGUAACACAACCAAGGGAUCCUUUUAACUGUGACGCCAAAACCAUUGUUAUUUUCUGUGAAGGGAGGGAGGAGGAGGAGUUAGAGACAGAUGGGACCAUCUGUACUUUAAUUUAGGGACAAACCUGGGGUCUCCAUCUCUUUGCUUCAUCGUCUUCAUUUAAAAAUAACUGGAAUCUGGGGAGAAUGAGCCACUCUGGGUUUGGGAUUGAGGCUGGGCUGGUAACUCAUAUGCACUCUCAAACACACUAUCUUACACCCCCCCCCCCCCCCCCCCCCCGAGCACAUGCACACACACGGACACACACACAAUCAUCCAUACACAUAGUGUCAGAAUGACUGAUUCUCAUUGGCUGAGAGAAAGAGGGAGAUAAAGAACAGGAGAGGAGAAGAGGGAGAGAGGGAGGGGAGGAUUGGGAAUAGCUGCAUGGGCUGCAGUCCUUUGUUUGGCACAGAUGGUGGCAAAGAGAGAGAGAGUGUGUGUGUGUGUGUGUGUGUGUGAGAGAGAGAGAGAGAGAGAGAGAGAUGGUGUGCUGCUUGUUACUGAUGCUGAGUAUACUAGACUGGAAAAACAAACGUACCAGAGCUGGGUACAGAAUAAACACAAAAGACAGGCGGUCAUUUUAAUUUUGUUGCUUAUUCUUCAUUUCCCCCUCUUCUGUCCAGUAUCUACCACCAUAUUAUCCACCAUUUAUUGGUAACGUUAUUUAUUAAUUUGACCUUUAUUUUAACAGGGUGUCCUAUUGAGACCAAGGUCUCUUUUGCAAGGGAGCCAUGUAUCUCACAAUUACACAACAACAAUGUUAUGACAGCCUGCUUGACAGUAUUUACACAGUUCUAAACAUAGUCUACCAUCUCUGGUCAGUUUGAAUCCAUUCCUCUCCCUUCAGUAUUGCAAAUAUAUUACCCACUUUACCUUUCACCUCUCUAAUAUGUAGUCAUUAUCUUUGAUGGUUGCCUCUUUUGUUAAAAUUCUAUGCAAAUACCUUGCUGGGGUAUUUGGUCAGUUGGUACUCCUUCUCCACCGUGGUCAGUAUCAGCUGGUCACGGUGGUCAGUAUGUGCUUAGUGUUUGCCCUUGUCUGGUUGUUAUUCACAAAGCAGAAUGACCUCUUCUCCCUUUGGAAGUCAGUCAGUGUGUCACUGUGCCAAAGCCUGGAAUGUGAGCCAAGCCACGUACAGUAGGGGCCAGGCAGUCUUUGGCUUGACUCCGGCUAAGUGCUCUGUCGGUGUGUGUGAGAGAGAGAGAGAGAGAGCGAAAGAGUGUGAGAGAAAUGCAGUGUGUGUGUGUGUGUGUGUGUGUGUUGUAUGUAUGUAUAUGUAUGUGUGUGUAUGUGUGUGUGUGUGUG